UCACAUAUACAAGAGUUUGAGAAAACAGAGGAAACAGAGUUUUUUCUUUGUAAGGGAGAGUGAGCCCAGAUGGAUUUUAGUUCAUUCCUGACGUCCUUAGGGACGUCUUUUGUAAUAUUCACUGUUUUCAUGCUGCUCUUUGCCUGGCUUUCGACGAGGCAAGGAAACGCGGUGGUGUAUUAUCCGAACAGGAUCGUCAAAGGUUUGGAACCGUGGGAAGGCGGUUCUAAGACACGAAAACCUUUUGCUUGGAUAAGCGAAGCGUUGUCUUCUACUGAACAAGAUGUCAUCCACAUGUCUGGGGUCGACACUGCCGUCUACUUUGUCUUCCUUAGCACUGUAUUGGGAAUAUUUGUUUUGUCUGGCGUUGUACUGCUUCCAGUUCUUCUACCCAUUGCUGCUACUGAUGGUGUAAAGAACGCACAUAGUACAAGUAACGGGACUUUCAAUGAUCUAGACAAGUUGUCAAUGGCAAAUAUUCAAGAGAGGAGUCCAAGGCUGUGGGCAUUCCUGGUAGCCACCUAUUGGGUCUCUGUUGUCACCUAUUUCCUUUCAUGGAAGGCUUACAAACAUGUUUCUACUCUAAGAGCUACUGCUCUAAAGUCUGAUGAAGUGAAACCCGAGCAAUUCGCGGUUCUCGUUAGAGACUUGCCGGAUGUCGCUCCGGGUCAAAGUCGAAAGCAGCAGGUCGAUACGUAUUUCAAAUCUAUAUAUUCCCAUACAUUCUACAGAUCAAUGGUGGUCACGAACAACAAAGAGGUUGACAAAAUCUGGGGAGAGUUAGAAGGGUUCAAGAAGAAGCUUCUGCGGGCAGAAGCAAUAUAUGAAGAGUCCGAGAGAAAAGGUCAAGGUACGAAACCGACCCACAAAACCGGCUUCCUUGGUUUCUGUGGCAAAAAAGUAGACAGCAUAGAGUACUACAAUGAAAAGAUCAAGGAAUUGACACAAAAAUUGGAAGCGGAACAAAAGUUGACCCUCCGAGAAAAGCAGCAAGGAUCUGCUUUGGUUUUCUUUACCAGCAAGCUGACUGCAGCCUCGGCUGCUCAAAGCCUACAUGCUCAGAUGGUUGACAAUUGGACUGUGACGGAAGCACCCGAACCUCGUCAACUUAUAUGGAGCAAUCUGACCAUCAAGUUUUAUGGGAGGAUAAGACGACAAUAUGCUGUUUAUUUUGUCGUGUUUCUGACUAUAAUUUUUUAUCUGAUUCCCAUUACGUUCAUUUCCGCAUUGACAACCCUCGAGAAUUUGAGAAAAGUUUUGCCAUUCUUGAAGCCUGUUGUUGAUGUGGUUGCACUUAAGACAGUAUUGGAGGCAUAUCUUCCCCAGCUUGCGCUCAUCAUAUUUUUGGCCUUAUUACCGAAGCUUCUAUUGUUCCUCUCUAAGACCGAAGGAAUCCCUUCGGGGAGCCAUGUCAUAAGGGCUGCAUCAGGGAAAUACUUUUAUUUCAUCGUGUUUAAUGUUUUCAUCGGUGUUACUAUCGGUGGAACUUUGUUCAGUGCACUUAAGACCAUUGAAAAGAAACCUAACUCCAUUUUCGAGAUACUGGCAAAAAGCCUCCCUGGGAAUGCAACUUUCUUCAUUACAUUUGUGGCUUUGAAGUUCUUUGUCGGUUAUGGGCUCGAGCUUUCUCGAAUAGUGCCGCUUAUCAUAUAUCAUGUGAAGAGGAAUUAUCUUUGCAAGACCGAAGCCGAGUUAAAAGAAGCAUGGUUCCCCGGAGAUAUUAGCUAUGCCACUAGAGUUCCUAAUGACAUGCUUAUUGUCACCAUUGUUCUCUGCUACUCGGUUAUAGCUCCUGUGAUCAUCCCAUUUGGAGUGCUUUACUUUGCCUUGGGUUGGCUUGUUCUCCGGAAUCAAGCACUCAAAGUUUAUGUCCCAGCAUAUGAGAGCUAUGGAAGAAUGUGGCCUCACAUGCAUACCCGAAUCCUCGGUUCCCUGUUGUUAUACCAAGCUACUAUGUUGGGUUACUUUGGGGUGUCGAAAUUCUAUUAUACUCCCAUUCUGAUUCCGCUACCGAUAUUGUCUCUCCUCUUCUUCUUCAUCUGCAGGAAGAAAUUCUAUGGGGCUUUUUGUCACACAGCUCUUGAGGUCGCUAACCAAGAAUUGAAAGAAACUCCUCACAUGGACCAGAUAUUCAAAUCCUUUAUCCCACCAAGCUUGAACUCUGAGAAACUAGAAGACGAGCAAUUCGAAGAUUCUUUAUCUCAAGUUUCAAGAUCAGAAUCAUCUGUUUGAUGUACAUUGUUAUUGUGCUUGUGUCUUUCCACCCGGGAACCAGGUUGUCUUGAAUCACAAGUACCUGAACUUAUAUAUGUUUGUUGAUAAUAUGGUUUUAGGGAACCUUGAUGUCUGAUCGUUUGUUUGUAAACAUAAUCACUUCCUUUGGAUCUUCAGCUUGAACAUCUUUGAUUAGUUCUUGUUCAGUGUUUAAUGGAAAUUUGUGGAUUGACACUUUGUAAA